AUGUAUCUCGAAUCCAUGUAUAUAUUUGAUCAUUAUCGUGUACCAUUGAGCGUCCUCAUAACAGCUACAGGUCUUCUCGCUUCAAUUGCGAGUAAGGUUGUGCGUAUCGAAGCUAUUUUUUCCACAGUAAUAGAUUACACCGACUUAGUACCGACACAGGGAAUCCGAACAGCAGUGCUUUAUAUCAUCUGCCUGACAGCAGCUUUGCUGUCUUUAAUACCUUACUGUCCCUAUUGCUACGUGCCUAAAAUUAGUUUGCAAACAAAUGUGAUGCCAGCUGCGGCCAUCGUUGUGGUUCUUGUCGAACUUCUUGUCAUAUGCUGCUUCUACGGGACUCAGCGAAUUUCAUCUAACGUCACAACAAUGACGAUUGGCAAAGCGAUCUUGGAGUGGGGUAUGAGCAGAUGCUGUUCAGCUAUGCAUGGUAAUGCUAGUAACAAAGACGAUCUGGUUCAAACUUUAUUCCGCUAG